AUGGAGCGUAGUGGCAAGAAGUUGGUACAAGACCACGAACCGCUAAUCAGCUUCUCUGGCGACAUAACCCAACCCCUAGGCUCGGAUUAUAUGACAGUACGCAUUGGGACCACACCAUGCACAGUUUGCGUCGAAGCCGAGUUCAUCAUAGUCGAUGCCUACAACUCCUACAACGGGAUCAUCGGCCGACCUACACUUAACCGGAUGCGAACUUUUAUCGCAGGACACAUGAUGCUCAUAAAAUUCCCAACUCCGCAUGGAACAGGACAGGUCCGGGGUUCACAAUCCGUAGCAAAAGAUUGUCAAAAACGCGUUAUUCGACAGACGCGCAACAGACAAGAAAUCUUGGCAGUACAUGCCACAGUAAACUUGACCGAUAAGGUCGUCGAUGCACGAGAUGGCGAAACGUCGAAGAGAAAGAGCAAGCAGAAGGCUACGCCAUACGAGGCCAAAACUCCGACAAACCCCGAAUCUUCAUUGAAGAGCAUUACGCCAUUCCCAAACCAUCCGGAGCGCAAGAUCAAAGUCGGCGCAACUCUCAGUCCCACUGUUAAGAGAGAUUUAACAAGUUUCUUGGGCGACAACAUGGAAGUCUUUGCAUGGUCCUAUGAGGACAUGCCCGGCAUCUCGCCCGACAUCAUCAUGCAUGAAUUGCACAUCAAACCUUCUGCUCACCCAAUAAAGCAAAAGCGCCGAAGCUUCGACGACGAAAAGAGCACGGCAAUACGCCAAGAAGUUGACAAAUUGAAAAGCAUGAAGUUCGUCCGGGAAGUGCAGUACCCUGAAUGGAUCUCAAACUGCGUUAUGGUCCGUAAAGCUAAUGGUAAAUGGCGAAUGUGUGUGGAUUACAAGAACGUAAACAAAGCAUGUCCAAAAGACAGUUUCCCCCUAUCGAGAAUUGACCAGCUAAUCGACGCAACGGCAGGUCAUGAGUUUCUAAGCAUGAUGGACGCCUACUCCGGAUACAAUCAGAUACACAUGAACCCGGCGGAUCAGGAAGCUACGACAUUCGUCACUGAUAAAGGCAUGCACUCUUAUAACGUCAUGCCCUUCGGAUUAAAAAAUGCGGGCGCUACGUAUGUGCGUUGCGUCACACAAAUGUUUGACCAACAUAUCGGUCGGAAAAUUGAGGUGUACGUCGAUAACAUGCUGGCCAAAAGCAUAAAGGCCGAAGACCACGUAACUAACCUCCGAACCAUCUUCAAUGUGCUCAAAAAAUACAAGAUCUGA